AUGGCGAUUUGCGGCCCUGCCAGGACGACGCCGCUGAUCCGUUUUGCUAAGUCGCUAGACCAGGCGGAUGUGGACGAGGAGGAAUGCACCAGCUUCUUCCCUAUGUACGUGCUGCCUGUGAACACGUUUCUCCAGAUGGACAAGGUGAAAACGCAUGAGGAGCUCAGGGCAGAUGGAUCCAUAGUAGAGUUUGUCGCCAGCAUGGGGCAGACAGCAUUUGUCUCGCAUCAAUGGGUCCGGCACGACCAUCCAGAUCCAGAGUUUUGCCAACUGCGAGUUCUGCGGAAUCUACUGGGUGCAUGGAUGGCAAAGCCGACCUACAUCUCGCCGGACUUCGCCACAGUGGCACUCUUGCCAUUUGCCAAGGGCGUCUCCAGCAAAGAGCUGUUCUCGAGGCCGUUGCAUUUGUGGUACGACUUCUUUUGCUGUCCGCAGAUGUCAGAUGCAGGUGAGGAGUUGGCCAAGGCCAUCGACAGUAUUCCAGCCUACGUCGCCAGAUCACGUUUCUUUUUUGUUCUCUUUCCAGUCGUGCGCAGUUCAGAAGAAAACAAGAUCAUCAGCCCUGCGACUUGGGCGGCGCGUGGCUGGUGCAGGUUGGAGAGAACAAUGCGGGCGCUUUCGUUGAACCCAUCCUAUAUUGUGAUCAAGAGCGAAUUCUGCGUGGAAGUUGUCGCGUGUCAAAUUGCAGCGUUUGGAGGAGGUCCACCUGGCGAAGGUAUGUUUACAAUCCCUGCAGAUCGUUCCAAGCUCGCGCCCGUUCUGCGAGGAGCUGUCACACGGAGCCUUAUGCUCAGCUUGAGAGCACUAGACCUAGUGCGCUACCGGAUAUUACUCAACUUGCAGAACUUUUUCUUGCGAGGUCUUUCGGUCGAGCCUGUAGCUGACCUUGUCCCAGCCUUUGAACCUCUGCCUGGUGCAGAUGCGACGUCAUAUCUGGUGGCCAAGUUCCUCUACCAGAAUGGUUUCACGAAGGUGCGCAGCGUCGACGCAUCGGGGUGCUCGCCACUAUGCUAUGCUGCCAUGAACGGGGACCCAGAGUUGAUCGAUGCUUUGCUAGCGCACCAAGCCGACCCGAAUGAUUUCGUCCGGAGGGUGAGCAGCAAGGGAGGCUUUCCGAUGUUGAUGUCUGUCGCAAGCAUGUGCGCAAGCUUGGGCAACAACGAUGCCAUGUGCCGGCUGAUGGCCGCAAGGGCCGAUGUCGGCGGUGCGUUUCCAGCAAUUUGUUCGGCAGCAGACAGUGACAAUGCAAAAGGUGUUCAUAUUUUGUGCCAGUGCAACAGCCCUGACAUCCGUGAUGUAUACGGCAUGAGUGCCCUCGAUCAUGCAUGUGCCAGUGGCUCCGUGGCUGCUGUAGAGCAGCUGCUCAUCCACACCAGGCCGACAGGUUGA